AGUUCCCGGCAGUGUAUCAGUUGACCUGCGCCCACCGACCUCCGACUUUCAGCAGCCAGAUGGCCGGCAUUGCAUUCGGCAGUAUCGCGGCCUUUCGCCGAACCACAAACUGCAUCAGGCUGCUGCGAUUCUCCUACCACUCACGUGAUCCGUCCUUCGAGCUAGUGCAUCAACGUCGCCGUCGGCACAACAGUUCCUCGAAAUCUGGGGAAUCCGAAGAGGGUAAAAAUCCUAAUCGGGUGGGUCAGGACUUGGGUGAAGGCAAAGCACUAGGCAACAUCACUGGUGGCUUGGAGACGGCAGCAGAACCACCCGAUCAGCCGAAGACUCCCGGAGAGCGAAGCCCAGAGUGCCCCUACGAGUCGAAGCCAGAGAUCCUGCCAUUACAAGAUCAGCCUAAUCGAGCACAGCCCUCGCCUGCGGUGGUCAAGCCACCAAAUCCGCAAACCAUUGUCUGCAGUUUGGAUUCCAAAGAUCUAUCGGGAACUCCGAUAAACGUUUUAGGGAGAAAAGAUUUAGGAGAAAAGUUUGCAGAAACUAAAGACUUAUCUACCCAAGUAACCUCCACUCCUCCAAAAGACUACAAUAAUUUAGAUAACCUAUUUGCCAUUGAAUCCGAGCUCAAGUCCCUGGCAGCAAGUAUAUCCGAUUACAUCGUCGAGCCUAAUCAUCAAACCUUAUUUCCCAUUAAAUCUGAGAUCAAAUCAACGGACUUGACCUCAAAUGGAUUUAGUACGGAAGCCAGCGUUCAAUGCUCAACAAGUUCAAUAGAUCUUCCGCCUGAAAACACUUUCCUAGCUUCUUCUCAGUUCAAGUCGCAGGAUUCGAACCUUGCUGAAGCUGAAGUUAAGUCCAAAUCUGAAUCUUCUAGUUCGCAAGAAUCUCUUCCUCUGAAUAUGUUUCAAAAUUCUAUAACAUCUGAAGAUAAUAGCUCUAAGAAUCAAGUUAGUAACGACCAACCCUUAAAUCAUAAGUCUGAUGAUUUCAAGCUAGGAUCGACAUCUAAAUCGCCUGGUUCAGGUGAAAGCUUCCACCUUAAGGUUACGCCCAGCCCUUUACACAUAGUACAAACUGAGAAGUCCACUCAGAUUUCCACGUUUAAUAUGCCUCAAGAGGAAGAUGUUUCUGGUAAUUCAGUGAAACUCAUCUGCAGAAAUGCAGAAUUUGGUCUGGCAUCUGACAAGGGAGAGGAGAAGAAACCAGAAAAAGUCAUUCCGAUCAAGCAUUAUCAAACCGAUAAGAAUGUGAUCAUGAAAUGGGUCGAACUACACAAAACGAAGGAACGACAAAAGGAAGAAUCUUCCAGGGAAACCGAAAGCAAUGAACGAAUUCCGGCACCAUUACCAAAACCCUAUUUUAGGAAAAUGUCGGUGAAGAAAGACAAUUCUUCGGAAUCUCAGGACAUAACUGCCAUCGAAACCAAAAGCCCAGGAGAAACUCCUGCGCCAUUGCCAAAACCAUAUUUUAGAAAAAUGUCAAUGAAGAAAGAGAAUACAUUGGUUUCUAAGGACACGACAUCAACGCUCCAAGGCCAAAGCCCAGAAGGAACUCCGGCCCCAUUACCAAAACCAUACUUUAGAGUGUCGGCAUCUAAAAACACAAUGUCGGAGAAGAAAGGCAAUGCAUUGGUUUCUAAGGACACGACAUCCUCACCUUCUGGUAAAGACAUCACCAAAACAGCCAACAUCAGCCCGAAACUGCAGUUGCCAAUUAAAAUCGUGGCCAAGAAUGAAGCUCCAACCGAAUUUAGGAAAACAAUGAAUUCAAUACCAUCUACUGAACUGAAGUCUACGAAGAAUACUAAGGAGGAUACCACCAGCCAAGCAACUAUGCCCAUUAAGCUAACCCCGAGUAAGCCUCUUGUAGGUAAAAGUUUAGAUUCUAAUACUUGGAAAUCUUCAUUAGGCGAUUCCAAUAUAUCAAACGCAAUGGUCAAUUCUGAAAAACAGAAUGUCGUGGCCAUAGGUCAGCAAAAAACUAAAAGUCAGACCACCGAGGAAAUAGUAGCGAUGUUUAAGGAGGAAAACGAUACUAAUCAGACUAAAAGUGAAGAAGGUAAAGUCAGAGAAUUAUUCGAGUCACUCGAAAAGUUUAAUAAUCCUUCGAAUAAAUGGUGGACUCAUCCUGAAAUAUUUACAGCCCCAAAGGAAAGUAAAACAGAUCCUUUCACCACUGUUUCAUCCGCGUCUGAUAGGAAAGGAGAUGAAAAACCACACUCAGGAAAGAAGGCCGAUGAUCACUUUUCAAAACUUGGCCACUUGGACUCAACCGUCACAGACGAAGAAGCAAUAGUUAAGAACAAGGAAGUCAAAGCCAAAGAAAGCUUCGCCAGUCUAGGUAACUUGGAUUCUACAAUACGAGAAGAAAGCAGUGAGAAGGCUAAGAAAAAUAACGAUUAUAAAGAUACAGAAAUAAAGAAUGAAAGCAAAGAUAAGCAGGAGGGUAAAGGUGAGGAUGAUAAGAAUGUUGAACGGAAAAGGUUUAAUCUGGCUCAGAAGGUCUCGACCUUCAUGAAGUCCGCUGAGGAAGAUGGUAACAGGACCAAUGCCACCCAAAAAUCACAAAGAGUAAACAAACCCAAGUUAGAGACCAAAAAUAAACUGGAAACAACUUCUGAGCUAACACCAAGCGAUCUCUAUGAUCCAAUUACCCAAGAAAUCUCUUCACCGGCCGGGCUAGAAACAGGCAAAACUGAUAUGGAGGAAGCCGAGGAAUCCAGUCCAAGCCUAGAAGCUCCAGAGGUCAAGCCUAAAAAGGAGGAAGUCAAAGCCAAGGCACCCACGGCAUUGGAUGAAACCAAAACGAAAGUUGAGGAAAAGGUUCCGGUCAAGGAACCUGACUUAAAGAAAGAAAGGCCAAAGCUGGACGAUGGGGAACUGUCUCUGAAGCUCCUGGAUAAAGUUACGGGAGAAACGCCAGCGGUGCAAAUACCAGCGGAGUCCAAACCGCCAGCCGAAAAGAGCCUCAUCCAACACUUCUUUGACAAGAUCUUCGGCAGAGACAAGAGCACCGAAGGCAAAAGCACUGAAGGCAAACGGAAAAUGUCCUCCUAUACAGGUCGUCGACACCUGAGCACCAGCUCCUUGGCUGCUUUUUCGACUAGAGGAUCCAUACUUAAGAAUAAUAAUAAACCUAUGGUAUCCAAGAGUUGGGAGAGGACCUUCCUCAGGCGAAGAUCAGUCAACGAACUUUUUUGUGAACUCAAUGAACAGAAGCUGAAUUUAUCUAAUGAACCCUCUAGAGGCACUCGCCUUAUAGAAACCGUCCUGGAACCUCCCACUUUUGAACUUUUCGCCAAGAAUGAUGACACCGAAAUAAAAGGAGGCUCGCCCGAAUGCUCUUCACCCAAAAAGACGCCACGUGAGCUUCUCCGGGAGAAGCAGCAGACCAGAGAUAUCAAGAUCAUGGGCGGUUCCGAGGAGUGUGCCAAGAAGAUGAAGCGUCUUAAGGAGCUGACGAAGGACAAGGAUGACGACUGCGGGAGUCGUCACUUCUCCAAUAAUCUGCCGAGGUUUCUGCGGCACUUCUGGUUCUCUGUAUUUCCAGAUGCGGCCAACAACUCUAACAAAGUCAAGUAAUCUGCCAGUCCAUCCGUUUUGCACUCGGGAUUGUCGAUCCGAAUCCAGAAUGAAGAAUGCCUUGAAACGUGUGCCCUUACAAAGAGGUCGAUCUGAUAGAUCAGCGGAGGACCCAAUGAUUAAGAUCAAUAAUGUUAUUUUACCGUAAUAUAAAUUAUAUUUGAAUAUUACAAUUUUAUAAAAA